GCCAUGCCAGGGUGGGCAGCCUGUGGCUGGAGGUACUAAAGCUGGUGAUGAUGAGCUAUCAUCUCAUGGUCACCCCAUGAGUGCAGCCCUGCAGGUGACAGCGUUUGGGCUCGCUCUUCUCUCAACACUCUUCCUGCUCCUGGCCACGUGCACGGACUGCUGGAUGGUCAAUGCUGAUGACAGCUUGGAGGUGAGCAGAGACAUCACCUGCAAGGUGAGCAGAGUAGCCACCUUUAAGAUGAGCACAGCAGCCAUCAUCCUCAAGGUAAGUCACAAAUGCCGGGGCCUUUGGAGAGAGUGUGUCACCAACAUGCAGGAUGGGGUCAGGACCUGUGACCAGUAUGACUCCAUUCUGGCUGACCACCCAGUGAAGAUCGUGGUGACACGGACCCUGAUGAUCACAGCAGAUCUCCUAGCUGGCCUGGCUUUGGCUACACUGGUCCUUGGGCUCGACUGCAUCACAUUCUUCAAGGAAGAUCCUUGUGCCAAACUGAAGAUGUGCUAUGGAGCUGGAGUCGUGCUCGGCGCUGGCAGCAUCCUGGGGCUCACAGGCUCCGUGUGGUAUGCGGUGGACGUCUACGUGGAGAGGGCCAUGCUGGUGUCACACAAUAUAUUCCUGGGAGUCCACUAUGACUUUGGGUGGUCCUGCUGGCUGGGAAUGGCUGGCUCCACUGGCUGCUUUGUGGCAUCUGUACUGCUGACCUGCUGCCUCUAUACCUGCACAGCCCCCAGCAGCCAACCCCAGAGGCAUCCCCAGCCCCAGGGCCGAGCAGGCACCCGAACAGCCACCAGCAAGAUGUAUGCCAUGGAUUCCUGUGUGUGAUGGCCAGCAGCACCUCCUGCACCCACUAUGGGACAUCUCCCUGCCACUCUGACCCCAUUAAAGCACCAGCACCUGUACUGGGACAUUUCUUCAACUGCUUCCAGGUUCUGACACAGCCAACUGGCUGCUGGAAGUGAGGGUACUGCAGCAGUCAGCCAGGGAAGGGUUUUUUCCCCACUUCCAGUCAGGUUUCGUGAAAAUAAAUGCCAGAAUGUGUUGAUUUAAGAAAAGAUGUCCCUGUUCCCUGGGAAAGCUGUCAGGGCACUGAGGACAGAGUUGCUCAGCCCAUGCUUUCAGGGAAUUCAGUGGGAAGUCCUUUCUGCACAGAGCAG